AUGAAAUAUAAUAAUACAUUGUUCAACAAAUUUCUCAAUACUAUUAAUAACAAUACAAACAAUAACAGCAACAACAACAACAAUAAUAGCAACAACAACAACGCAAACAAUCAUAUCACCGUUAAUACCGACAGCAGCACAAAAGAUAAACCUAGUGAUAUAAAGGUAGUGCCUCCACCAACAUCGUCUAUUACCAAUAUGGCUGCUGUUAUAAAUAAUACACCAGUAUCAAGUUCAAUCGUGACAUCCACUCGUUUUACUGAUGAAUAUGAUCUUAAAGAAGAGCUUGGCAAAGGUGCAUUUUCAAUCGUCCGACGAUGUAUUCAAAAAAGUACGACACAAGAAUUUGCUGCAAAAAUUAUCAACACGAAAAAGUUAUCAACACGAGAUCAUCAAAAACUUGAACGAGAAGCUCGAAUUUGUCGACAGUUAAAACAUUCAAAUAUUGUUCGCCUUUAUGACAGUAUCGCUGAAGAAGGUUUUCACUAUCUCGUUUUUGAUCUAGUCACCGGUGGUGAACUAUUCGAAGAUAUCGUUGCUAGAGAGUUUUACAGUGAAGCAGAUGCCAGUCACUGCAUCCAACAGGUUCUUGAAGCCGUACGGCAUUGCCAUGAAAAUAAUAUUGUACAUAGAGAUUUAAAACCUGAAAAUCUUCUACUUGCCAGUAAAACAAAAGGAGCAGCUGUCAAACUUGCAGAUUUUGGUCUGGCAAUUGAAGUCACUGGUGAACAAACACAAUGGUAUGGUUUUGCUGGUACCCCAGGAUACCUCAGUCCUGAAGUGCUCAAAAAAGAACCGUAUGGCAAACCAGUAGAUAUUUGGGCUUGUGGUGUUAUUCUUUACAUCCUUCUUGUCGGUUAUCCGCCAUUUUGGGAUGAAGAUCAACAUCGACUAUACAAUCAAAUUAAAGCAGGAGCUUAUGAUUAUCCAUCACCUGAAUGGGAUACAGUGACGAUAGAAGCCAAGCGUUUAAUCGAUUCAAUGUUAAAUAUCAAUCCUAGCAAACGUAUUAGUGCUGCAGAUGCCUUGAAACACCCAUGGAUUUACCAACGUGAACGAGUCGCUGGUACGAUCCAUCGACAAGAAACGGUUGAUUGUUUGCGUAAAUUCAAUGCACGUCGAAAAUUAAAGAAGAAGGAGGACAAGGAGAAGAGGCAGCAGAGUAUGUUUUUUGUUGUAUUCUGUUUAAUUUGUUUUAUUGGAGCUAUUCUAUCAACAAUGUUUGUUAAUCGUACAUUGAUACCAAAUUCAGCGGUAUUUGCUGGAACCUCAGCAGCAACCAAUGGAAAAAAGUCAACAGUGCCAACGACCGGCAGUGGAACAUCCCCGGUUACAACUUCUGCUUUAGCGUCAGUUUUUGCUAUUGGAGGUAAUCGUCGACCGACAACACAAAGUGAUAAUAGUGCGAUCAAAGAAUCUGCAGAUAGUAAUAGUGCAACAAUCGAUGAUGCUAAUGAUCUCGAACGAGUUGAUCGAAUAAGUGGAAAAAAACCUUUUCCAUCUUCGACAAAACCGUCCAUGUUAACUUUGACUUCACAAGCAACGAAAGUAACGAAUUUAAAUUCGGAGAUCACUAAAGUAACCGAACAAUUAUUACAAGCUAUUGCUAACAGUGACUAUGAUAUGUAUAAAACAUUAUGUGAUCCAAAAAUCACAUGUUUUGAACCGGAAACCAUUGGCAAUCUUGUGGAAGGAUUGGAUUUUCAUAAAUUCUAUUUUGAUACAGUUUUAUCAACUAAACCGAACAAACCAACAAUUAACUGUACGAUGCUAACGCCAGUUGUUCAUGCAUUAGGCGAUGAUUCAGCUUGUAUUGCAUACGUUCUUCUUCUACAAUUUCUCGACCGUAAUGGCCAACCGCAAAGCGUGCGAACAGAAGAAACUCGUGUAUGGCAUAAGAAAGACUCACGUUGGUUAUGUGUGCAUUUUCAUCGUUCGGGUAUGCCUGUUGCCACGGCUAUCAAAGCUUCUUUUCAACCGACGUCAAUGUAA